CAAUUUCAGAACUAAAAGAGUGUUAGCGUUGCAACAUUGUGGUGAUAUUGAUCCUUGAGUUAUUUUAUAUUAUAUUUUGCAAUCAAUCUCAUUCAGUAGCUGCCGGGCGCGGGGCGCGGGCCGCGAGCAUCAUUUGUGCGGAAGCUGUUAUCUCUUGAGCUUCCGCCUCCGAUGACGAGCCAAUGGAAUGAUAUAUUACUCUUAUUUUGUGGCGGGUUGUGCCACAUAAUUACCUACUUGCAUAAGUGGUUUGUGAAGUUUUCAGUGUUAUUUAUCAUAUGUUGAAGUACCAGCAAUCCCGCCCGUGGAGCACGUGGGGGCGCCGCCGCGUAGGCUGGCGCACUCGGGCGGCGCUGCUGCUGGCGCUGGCGGCGGCGCUGGCGCUGCGCGUGCGCGUCACCGGCGAGCUGUCGGCCGAGCUGCGCGCGCCGCCGCACAAGCUCGCCGCGCACCUGGCAGACUUCAACAGCCUGCGGCUCCUGUACCCGCACAUCAGCUCAUCCUGGAAGCUAGAGUCACAAUGGACCAACUACACGUCGUGGCGCUACUCGCUGUCGUUCUCGUGCGGCGCCCGCUGCGUCGGCGCGGCGCACGUGCGCGCGCACGACGAGUACGCGUCCGGCCCGGCGCACGGCUCCGCGCAGGCGCACAGAGGGGACUUCAGCAUACAGACGUGCCGCACGCUGCCGCUGCUCUUCUGGCCUGAUUUCUGCGAGGAGCUAGAAGUGGAGUGGUUCGUCGGCGGCGGCGCGGCCGGCGCGGACGGCGCGGCCGGUGCGGCGCGGUACGCGGAGCGUGCGCGCAGUCGGCGCGCGCUCGGCGCGGCGCUGCUCGGCUGGCUCGGCGGCGGCGGGCUGGCCGACGCGCGCGCCGACCACUUGCGCGCGCUGCGGGAAACUGUCCACUGACGUCUCUCUCUGACUAAAUCACUAACUUGUAGAAGGAUAUUAAUAAAUUUUGUAAUAUUAUAAU